CUCCACUCACUCCCGAGGAGUUGUUACAGCUAAAGGAGCUGAAUCUGCACGACGCUUGUCAAGCCAGCAGUCGUCGAUCACUGAGCCGUGAACUUGCUCUUCUUGCUAGCUUUUUUCAGCGCCAUCUACCCACCACUCAGCCAUCACCCCCACCACCUCAUCCCACCUACUCUCGCUCACGCCAAGUUCAUCUCAUCACAGCCCAGUCCUGCCCCUGUCAUAUUACAGACCCACUCAGCCAACAGACCACUAAAAUUGCAAUCGAAACAACUUCUCCCACAACUGGGAAUGCUGCCUCCACGAAUAGCCCCUUAGCAACACACUUAUUAACACGACAGCACCAGCCACCACCGCAACAACAGGAACAACAUCAGAAGCAUCUGCAGCUUCAUCAUCCAGCACUGAUACCUUCCCUUGGAUCAUCCAGCACUACCAAUACCUCAUCUUCCACCUCUUUCAUCUCCACUACUACUCCGAUAGGAUCAGUAUCUCUUGGGGCUUCAUCUUGCACUUCAGGCACUUCUACACCGAACACCAGCAUCCAGACUGGCAACAUUACUGCCACAAGCAGCAGCAAUAGCAUCCCUUUAACUUUGGCGCUUCUUCCUGCUUCAUCUGUUCCCGCAAAUCCGACAAUUAUCGCUUCUUCAAUUCCAUCUGACUCCUAUCCUGCUUGUGGCAUCAUUGGCGCAACUGGUGUUCGCGUAGCCACACCAGGCCGCAUCCAGCCGGUAGUCUCUAUAGCAGGUGGGAAUUUUGAUCAGUUUAACUUCAUUUGUUCAAAUUUGCCAAUAAAGCUGUUAUUUGCAAUAGUUCACAAAGUGGAUGAAGGACUGACAGCUCAAUUUCCCCACAUUUAUGUCGGCAGGCCUCACGAUUCCAAUGCAUUUAUAUUUAUCUCGCUUCCAAAAAGUUUUAUUCUUUCGGAUGAACUGCAAUUUUUAUUCACCAUCACAACGGGAAUCGAAAAUUUACUCAACCCAAAUGUAAAUUCAACAAGUCUUAUCAGGGCUUUGCCUUCCUCUUAG